GCCGGCUCAAACAACUGGCUAGCGAAGCGAAUCAUAUUUUUCCGGAAGGCGUUCAGGAAGGUGAGAAUCAUUGUAUCGUGUAGCGUCACGAGGUAGAUCUACUCUGCCUUGUUGUGUCCUUACCAUCGAGCGGUUGUUUCCGCUGGCUUCCAUCUCCCAGCUGUGUUUUGAUGAAAGAUCGUCCGUGAAGAAAUGAUUUUCUGAACGAAUAGGGUAAAUAUUAGGUGACAGUUCAGACUCCAGUUGCCAAUUAUUUGGAACCUUGCCAUUAUUGCGGGCUCUCAAGCAGGGCUGUGCAUGGGCUGAACUGUAGCGGCGCCAUGCCAUGAUGGACACAUCGGAGAGCUUCAAAACUACUGCAAUGGCGAACGCCAGCACUGACCAACCAAGUGUGUAUGAUCCUCACAGCCUAGCAGCGGACCCAGCAAUGGCUGGUAUGUCGCAUGCGGAGGCGGUUCUUAUCGGCUCAGCCGUUGCAGUAGGCGGAAACCUUCUGAUCAGCGUAUCUAUGAACGCACAGAGAUUUGCCCAUACGAGUCAGCAACAGCAACGCGAUGCGGACGGUGCGGAGAAGUCACGUAGUAGUUACCUGUGUAACUGGAUUUGGUGGGUCGGCCUCCUUUUGAUGGUGGGCGGUGAACUUGGGAACUUUGCAGCAUAUUCCUUUGCGCCAGCAUCAGUCGUGGCGCCCCUAGGCAUGACAACAGUUUUAGCAAAUGCAGCUAUAGCAGUCGUAUUCUUGAAGGAGACAUUACAUGCUGAUGACAUACUUGGUGCAUUCAUGGCUGUUAUCGGCGCCUUCCUAAUUAUCAAUUUCAGUGGCAAGGAGGAGCCCAGCGCUGGUCUUAGUGGGCACAUUCUAAUAGGGUAUCUCAAGCAGCCAGUACUAAUCACCUACUUGAGUGUUGAACUUCUUGCAGUGGCAUUAAUCUGGUACAUACGGGAGACGAAGAACCUGAAAAGUGUUGUUCUAACACUAUUGAUGUCAUCAUUGAUUGGUUCUUGGACAGUGAUAGCUGCCAAGGCAGUGGCUGGACUGUUGCGUAUGACUCUGAGAGGCCAUAGUCAAUUCGGUCAGCCUAUUUUCUACAUUAUGAUCGUGAUCCUGGCAGUCACUGCUGUUUUACAAGUAAAGUUUUUGAACCAAGCCAUGAUCGACAAUCCAGCGACGGUAGUUGUUCCAACUAACUUUGUUUUCUUCACGGUCAGCGCGAUUAUUGGUGGUGUUGUCUUCUACCAGGAAUUUCGAGGAUUACACAUGCUUGAGAUCCUGAUGUUCACUAUAGGGUGCUGCCUAUGCUUUGCUGGGGUGCGCUUCAUCACACUGGCUCACAACGCUGCUCCAUUGCAGAAGUCCCAAAGCCUAUCGCCGUACAUAUCAGCACCACCUACUUUGUUUGGACUUGCUGCUGAUGAGAAUCGAUUCAUCCUCAUCCAUGGAGGCAGUAGCAGCCACGACAGCUCGCCAAGUCGCGGGGUGCCGCCGGACCACAAAUAGGAGCUGAGCUCAGCAAGGCGAGAGGUAGGAUCACGGAUAUGAUCCCGGUGGAGGUGCAGUGAUGCUGCGGGCACUUGAACCGCAUCCAGAACUGCUGCAGAAAGUUAUAGUACAAUGUCGUCGGCGAAGGUGUGCGGAUGUCACAGUGAAGCUGCAUCUCUUUGCCAGACCUAGGGAUAUUGGAGCAGCACAGUGAUGUUUUCUGUUCCAAUCAGUACUGUACUCAAAAUCAGGUUUGUCACGGACUACUGCUCACAAGCAGCCAAGCAGGUUGCAUUCGAAUGACAUCACCCGGAGAAGCCCUUUGUGUUUGGCCACGUUGCUUUAAUAGCAAGAAAGAAAAUACGCUAUCACUAUUCCUAUUCUAACUUUUGACUAUUUGCUUUUGUGUACAAUCCCAUGCUAUUAUUUCCUCUUCCAGUUUUAUGUGAAAUGUCCGAAAUCCACCCUUUAGCUUUGUCACAUUCAACCUUGAGAAGAAGCGAUUCAGAUUCUAUCCUCUUGCUCUGGGCAUUGAACACCAACUACUAGUAUACAGCAAGGCGGUUAGUUGAACAGACUUGAAGAUUAAACUGUA